AUGAGCUCUGAUGCAGAGAUGGCCAUUUUUGGAGAAGCAGCUCCCUACCUGUGGAAAUCAGAGAAGGAGAGAAUCGAGGCUCAAAAUCGCCCAUUUGAUUCUAAGAAAGCUUGCUUUGCAGUGGAUGAUAAGGAAUUUUAUAUGAAAGGUAUGAUCCAGAGCAAGGAAAAUGACAAAGUCACAGUUCACAGUGGUGGUGGAAGAACACUCACUCCGAACAGUGACCAAGUCUUCCCCAUGAACCCUCCCAAAUAUGACAAGGUUGAGGACAUGGUCGUGAUGACCCACCUGCACGAGCCAGCAGUGCUGUACAACCUCAAAGAGCGUAACGCAGCCUGGAUGAUCUACACCUACUCAGGCCUCUUCUGUGUCACCGUCAACCCCUACAAGUGGCUGCCGGUGUACAACCCUGAGGUGGUGACGGCCUACAGAGGCAAAAAGCACCAGGAGGCCCCGCCCCACAUCUUCUCCAUCUCUGACAACGCCUAUCAGUUCGUGUUGACUGAUCAAGACAACCAGUCCGUCCUCAUCGCCGGAGAAUCCGGGGCUGGGAAGACAGUGAACACCAAGCGUGUGAUCCAGCACUUUGCAGCAAUUGCGGUCACUGGGGAGAAGAGGAAGGAGCAGCGGCCGGGCAAGAUGCAGGGAACCCUGGAAGACCAGAUCAUCCAGGCCAACCCCCUCCUGGAGGCCUUUGGAAAUGCCAAGACCGUGAGGAAUGACAACUCCUUGAGAUUCGGGACGUUCAUUCGCAUUCACUUUGGAGCCACAGGAAAGCUGGUGUCAGCGGACAUUGAAACCUAUCUCUUAGAAAAAUCCAGGGUGACAUUUCCGUUAUCCCGUGAGAGAGGCUAUCAUAUUUUUUACCAAAUCAUGUCAAACAAGAAGCCGGAACUUAUGGACCUGCUUCUCAUUUCAACCAACCCCUUUGACUUCCCCUUUGUGAGCCAAGGAGAGGUCACCGUGGCCAGUAUUGAUGACAGUGAGGAACUGUUGGCCACUGAUAAUGCCAUUGACAUCCUGGGCUUCAGCUCAGAGGAGAAAGCUGGGAUCUACAAGCUCACAGGCGCCGUGAUGCAUUACGGGAACCUGAAAUUCAAGCAGAAACAGCGGGAAGAGCAGGCAGAGCCAGACGGCACCGAAGUGGCUGACAGAGCUGGGUACCUGAUGGGUCUGAAUUCUGCAGAAAUGCUGAAAGGCCUGUGCUGUCCAAGGGUGAAGGUUGGGAACGAAUAUGUCACUAAAGGGCAAAAUGUCCAGCAGGUGACCAAUUCGGUGGGCGCUCUGGCCAAAGCCGUCUACGAGAAGAUGUUCCUGUGGAUGGUCACCCGCAUCAACCAGCAGCUGGACACCAAGCAGCCCAGGCAGUGCUUCAUCGGGGUCUUGGACAUCGCUGGCUUUGAGAUCUUUCAUUUCAACAGCCUGGAGCAGCUGUGCAUCAACUUCACCAACGAGAAACUGCAACAGUUUUUCAACCACCACGUGUUCGUGCUGGAGCAGGAGGAGUACAAGAAGGAGGGCAUCGAGUGGACGUUCAUUGACUUCGGGAUGGACCUGGCCGCCUGCAUUGAGCUCAUCGAGAAGCCUAUGGGCAUCUUCUCCAUCCUGGAAGAGGAGUGCAUGUUCCCCAAGGCCACAGACACCUCCUUCAGGAACAAGCUGUAUGACCAGCACUUGGGCAAGUCCAACAACUUCCAGAAGCCCAAGCCUGCCAAAGGCAAGGCUGAGGCCCACUUCUCCCUGGUGCACCAUGCGGGCACCACGGACUACAACAUUGCCGGCUGGCUGAACAAGAACAGGGACCCCCUGAACGAGACCGUGGUCGGGCUGUACCAGAAGUCUUCGCUGAAGCUGCUGUCCUUCCUUUCUUCCAACUAUGCUGGUGCAGAAGCAGGCGACGCCAGGGUGAGCAAGAAGGGUGGGAAGAAGAAGGGCUCCUCUUUCCAGACCGUGUCCGCUGUGUUCAGGGAAAAUUUAAACAAAUUGAUGGCCAGUUUAAGGAGCACUCAUCCUCACUUUGUGCGAUGUCUGAUUCCCAAUGAGACCAAGACUCCUGGCGUGAUGGACCACCACUUGGUCCUGCACCAGCUGCGCUAUAACGGGGUCCUGGAGGGCAUCCGGAUUUUCAGGAAAGGGUUCCCCAGCCGGAUCCUCUAUGUUGACUUCAAACAGCGUGAUUCCAAGGUCAGCUCCCAGACCACUCUGGAGAAGGAGAAGAGUGAGAUGAAGAUGGAGACUGAUGACCUGGCCAGUAACAUCAAGACCAUCUCCAAGUCAAAGAGUAAUGUGGAAAGAAUGUGCCGGACUGUGGAAGACCAAUUUAAUGAAAUCAAGGCCAAGGAUGACCAACAGACACAGUUAAUCCAUGAUCUGAACAUGCAGAAGGCGAGGCUGCAGACCCAAAAUGGGGAGCGGAGCCACCGAGUGGAAGAGAAGAAGGCUGUGAUUUCACAGCUAACCAAAAGCUAGCAGGCCCUCACCCGGCAGCUGGAGGAGCUUAAGAGGCAGCGAGAAGAAGAAACCAAGGCCAAGAGCGCCCUGGCCCACGCCCUGCGGUCCUCCCGCCACGACUGUGACCUGCUGCGGGGACAGUAUGAGGAGGAGCAGGAAGCCAAGGCCGAGCUGCAGAGGGCGCUGUCCAAGGCCAACAGCGAGGUGGCCCAGUGGAGGACCAAGUACGAGACGGACGCCAUCCAGCGCACAGAGGAGCUGGAGGAGGCCAAAAAAAAACUGGCCCAGAGGCUCCAAGAAGCAAAGGAAAACACAGAGAAUGUGAGCUCCAAGUGUGCUUCCUUGGAGAAAACCAAGCAGAGGCUCCAGGGAGAGGUGGACGACCCGAUGCUGGAUUUGGAGAGGGCCAAGACCGCCUAUGUGCUGCACAAGACGUGGAGGAACUUCGAUAAGGUCCUUCCCACCGAUUGACGGUAGCCGCCAUGCAAGACACGUGUGAGAUGCACACCUUCGGGGCGGCCCCCAGCAUUCUCCCCAUCACAGAUAUAUAAAAGCCCCCAGCUGACUCAGCAUCACAGACAGAGCCUGUGAAAACAGCCUAAAUCAAGCCUGUCCUUUGCAGAAGAGAUUUCCGACUUAACCAUGCAGAUUGCGGAAAUGAGCAAGAAUCUUCAGGAAGUGGAGAAGACCAGGAAGCAAGUGCAGCAAGAAAAGUCAGACCUCCAGGCUGCCCUGGAACAGGUGGAGGGUUCCUUGAAGCAAGAAGAGGGCAAGAUUUUGCGUGUCCAGCUAGAGUUGGACCAGCUGAAAUCUGAGCUUGACCGCAGGAUCACUGAGAAGGAAGAAGAAAUCGAGCAGCUGAAAAGAAACAGCCAGCGGGCAGCAAAGGCCAUGCAAAGCGUGCUGGAUGCUGAGACCCGGAGCCGGAAUGUUGCUCUGAGGCUGAAGAAGAAGAUGGAGAGAGACCUCAGUGAGAUGGAGAUUCAGCUGGGCCACUCCAACCGCCAGGUGGCAGAGACCCAGAAACACCUGUGCUCAGUCCAGAGCCAGCUCAAGGACUCCCAGCUGCAUCUGGAUGACGCCCUGAGGAGCAGCGCGGACCUCAAGGAGCAGCUGGCCCUCGUGGAGCGCAGGAAUGGCCUCUUGCUGGAGGAGCCGGAGGAGAGGAAGGUGGCCCUGGCGCGGACGGAGCGCACCCGCAAGCUGGCGGAGCACGAGCUGCUGGAGGCCAGCGACCGCGUGCAGCUCCUUCACCCCCACGUGCAGGAGUUAGAUAGCGGGCUAGAGGCUGAGCAGAAGGGGGGAGCCGAGGCCCCGAAGGGCGCGCACAGAUACGAACGGAAGGUGGAGGAAAUGACUUACCGGGCCGAGGAGGACCGCAGGAACAUACUCAGGCUCCAGGACCUGGUGGGCAAGCUGCAGGCCAAAGUGAAGGCUUCCAGGAAGCAGGCGGAGGAGGCCGAGCAGGAGGGCAGCACGCAGCCGUCCCGGUGCCGGAGGGCCCAGCACGAGCUGGAGGAGGCCAAGGACCGGGCGGACAUCGCCGAGUCCCGGCUCAGCAAGCUGAGGGCCGAGAGCCGAGACAUGGGGGCCCAGGUGAGAGCAGGCUUCCUCCCCAGACGUCCUAGGACCCAGGACCAGGCAGCACCCAGCAGAGUUUGGAGGGUGCCUGUCAGCGCAUCUUCCCCGCUGCUGGCCGUGCAUCCACGAAUGUCUCUGCUUUAGCCUGGACCCCCGUGGUUCCAGGCUCGCGGGAGCAGUGCGGGACCAGGGGCCAGACCACCCUAUCACCCCCGCCCCUCCCUGUUGCAAGAGGCGCUGCCCAAGAAGCCCCUGCUUUUGGGAGGAUUCCCCCAACUCCGGGAGCUCGACUGGUUUGUCUUUACAACGCACAAAGGGGGAUAAAGCCACGCCUGAAUAUUUUUCUGAGGCUCCAGCAUCUCCAGCUGCCCCCACUUGAAGACUGUGCCCCGCCUCACCUUUGGUUUAACUCAUUUCCUGCGUAGGAUUCUUUUUCUCCCCCCAGAAGAUGGAAGAAUGAGCCCUUCCCAAUGCCCGUUGCCAUGGGACACCUCGGGAAAACGGAGAGAAGGUGUCGUGAGAAAUAAACUCUCCUGACUACUCGGA